AUGUCCGACGAGGACGCUCCGACGCUUCCCUCCCAAGAGCAACCAUCCCUCUGGACCCGUUUCAGCACUCGCAUCAGCGAUGCAUUCAGCGGCGCGGACCCACGAGUCUGCGUUGCUUUCUGGCUCUUUGGUCUGAUCAACAACGUCAUAUAUGUGAUCAUCCUAUCUGCUGCUGUAGAUCUAGUCGGACCCGAUGUGCCCAAAGGCGUCGUCCUCCUCGCAGAUGUGAUCCCCUCGUUCGCGACCAAACUCGUCGCCCCGUACUUUAUCCACCUGGUCCCGUAUUGGAUGCGCAUAUUGAUCUUCGUCUUCCUGUCCUCCGUGGGCAUGCUAGUCGUCGCUAUGAGUCCCGGCUAUACUGACGGAGGAACCAUAUCGUCGAAGAUCGCGGGUAUUAUCCUGGCUAGCUUUUCCAGUGGUGGUGGUGAGCUGAGUUUCAUGGGCCUCACGCACUUCUAUGGACCGUUUAGUCUGGCCGCGUGGGGGAGUGGAACUGGUGCUGCUGGUUUGGUGGGUGCUGGUGCCUAUGCCCUGGCGACUUCGGCGCUGGGCUUCUCUGUUCAUGUCACGCUGCUGGUCUCCUCGUGUUUACCGGGAAUUAUGGCUCUGAGUUUCUUCGUCGUACUUCCCAAGGUCCCCCUGCGAUCUUCUGAGGCUGGAGCCGAUAGAUAUCGUGUUGUUGAAAGUGGUGAACAAGUCGAAGAGGAUGAGAUGGAUGGGGAGAACGAGGGACUCCUUGGCUCAUCGCAAAGUGACACCAAUAUCCCCAAGUUAGUGCAUGUUCAUGACGAAGUUCCUUGGCAAGACCGAGUUCUCGCAAAUUUCCGCCGUGUCAAAGGGCUUUUCAUUCCAUUCAUGGUCCCAAUGCUAUUAGUCUACAUUGCGGAGUAUGUGAUCAACCAGGGGGUUUCCCCUACUCUGCUCUUCCCCUUGCGCGAAUCGCCCUUUGAACACUUCCGGUCCUUCUAUCCCACCUACAAUGCCAUCUACCAGAUAGGGGUCUUCGUCUCCCGCUCCUCGACCCCAUUCUACCGCAUCCACCAUUUAUACAUUCCCUCGCUCCUCCAGGUAGCCAACCUCACAUUGUUGACUCUCCACGCCCUGUUUGAUUUCAUUCCCAGUGUGUGGAUUGUCUUCAUCAUCGUUUUCUGGGAGGGUCUCCUCGGUGGAGUGGUGUACGUCAACACCUUUGCUGAGAUUGCUGAUCGCGUCCCCAAGGAAGAUCGUGAGUUCUCUCUGGGCGCUACUACUGUUAGUGAUUCUGGUGGUAUCUGUAUUGCCGGAUUCAGAUAUGAUAGACCACGUUCUGGGAGGCCAUCCACCCGUUUCCGCAAGAUCCAAGUCUUUGCAGUGGUCUCCUUCUGGUCACUGUACUUAUUGAGAGCAGAUAGACAUGGCCCACCAUUUAUUCGAAGCCUCUCCUCCCGAUUCACCGGCAAGUUGACAACAUGGCAGACAACAGUCAUCAUCUUCCUCUGGCUAUACGUAAGCCGGAAUUUCGCCAAGAUUGUCGGCCUGGAAUGCCCUGAACCGCUAGCGAAUAUGUAUUCGCGAUCCUUUUUCCGAGCGACAUGGAUCACCACAGGCUUAGAUGCUGGUUUUUGGACUGCGAUGAACAUCAAACCGAAGUGGUUGCGAGAUAUUGCAUCACUUGUAUUCACGGCUUACUAUCUCAUUGCUGCGGAACAGGCAGAUGAGAAGGUCCGCCGGGUUCGAGCGACGUUGACCCUUGAGCACCUGCGGGUAUCUUGGAACAAAGCUACCAGCCCAUAUCUGUGGACUCUAGCGAAACUACUCCGGCCACGGCUCGCUCGGUAUCCAGCCCGGGCAAUCCGGAUUCCCCGUCCAUCUCAGUCUGUAUAUACCGAUCCGGUGGGUGCAUGGUUGUACUUUGAUGGUCCGUUAAGUGCGCUACGCGAUCAGACUUGCUUGGUACUAGAUGUGCCUGGAGGUGGCUUUGUCGCUAUGAGCCCCAGAAAUUCCGAAGACAAGCUCUUAUCUUGGGCUGGGCGGCUAAAGGUUCCAGUUCUUAGCGUUGAUUACAAGAAGGCGCCCGAGUUUGCAUAUCCGUAUGCACUGCAUGAAUGCUACGAUGUUUAUCAUAGCAUCGUUGCCACGAAUGGCCGGUGUAUCGGUCUCAAUGGCAAAGACCGUCCUCGUAUUCUGGUCACCGGUGAGAGUGCUGGUGGUAAUCUAGCUGUGGGAAUGACCUUGAUGAUCUUGCAGACUGCAAUGGGACAAGGAUGGCGUGGAGACGAUGUACUUCCUAGUCCUGAUGGGUUGGUUUUGGGGUACCCAGCUCUGAAUAUGAAGGUUGAGAGCUGGAUGAGUGAUGAGCAAAUGUCACUGAUUCAAGACAAGAGCUCGCGCCAAACCAACCGCGGCGUUCUUCAACGGAAGCAAGACCAAUAUCGCAAACUGACGCCGUUUACGUCGCCAGGACACUCGGUUGAAGACUUGACUGCGUUGUCACCACCGGAGCAGAAGAAGACAUCUGUGAAGCCGAAGGUCCAGGAAAAUACAAAUGUGGCUACCGAAACUGCGCAAUCUUUGGAGAAAAAAUUACAAAAGAGUGAGGAUGUGGCCAAAAAUUCCGCUGCCAAAGGGGAGGAUGAAGUUGCGCCCAUCAAGACCCGACUUGCCGUCUCAUCGAUGAUUACUUAUGUCCAUGAUCGGAUCCUCACCCCUGAAAUGACACGCGCCAUGAUAAUUUUGUACAUUGGACCUCAUCACCGUCCAGACUUCAAUACCGACUUCUUUCUUUCUCCUGUCCUGGCACCAGACGCUCUUCUUGCCCGGUUCCCGAAGACGUACAUUAUGACCGGCGAGAGAGACCCUCUGGUCGAUGACACCGUCAUCUUUGCAGGCAGACUUCGCCAAGCAAAGCUCCACCAAUUCCGUGAGCGCCAGGAUCUGGGAUUGGAGAGAUCUAAGCGCCCUUUUAACGAAAAGAACUAUGUCGAACUCUCCCUGAUCCCUGGGGUGUCGCAUGGGUUUAUGCAAAUGGCCGGUUUCUUCCCUGAUGCAUGGAAGUAUAUCAAUCGCAGCGCACAAUGGCUUGAGACAUUGUUUGAGAAUAUGAAGGCCGACAACUUCCAUUCUGAUCUAUUGAGCCCUGGGAAGGUUCCCAGCGGAAGUAGUUCUCUCAAAUGGUCUCGCUCGACGAACGAAGAGCCAACUGCCAAUCACACUGGACGAAACCACCAUCGUAGCUUCACUGGAGAAUCUUCAGCCGAUGAAGAUAGACCAUUGGAAAUGGGGUUGAGCAAGAUCACGCCGCUGAAUGAUAACGAGAACAUAUCAGCAUCGAAACCUGAGCAUCGGACCCGCCGCAGGAGAUCGCGAUCAUCUUUCGCCUCUUCGCAAUUAACCGGAUUCACCUCGUUGGGGGAUGACAGCAAGGCGAAGGAUGACUUCAUCGCCAAGCUCCGGCAUCUGGAAAGAGCUAGCCGUCAUGAUACUUUUGAUCCAGAUGAGACAAACAGUGCGCCUGAAAGUCCGGGCGCGUUCCGGCCCCCGCGGACGGAGUAUUGCCUCUCUUGA